UAUUUUAUUUAAUUCACAUGUUUUUCUAUUAUAUAUCGUUUCGCUAUUUCAUAGUUCUACUAUCAAGUUUACAAAGCAAUCAUCAUCUUUGCUUCAAAACAAACUAACGUAACUAUGCUUAGUUUAUACUGCAUAGACCAGUAUAUUUUCGAACUUGGUUGGACAUUUGACAUUUUUAUCUAUUUGAAUUUGGAGUUUAUCUCACAUUACAUUAUUUAUAGACGCCCCCUAAACCUAACAGAACAAUAGAGUCUUGAUGAUCUCAUCCUACUUCAAUAAAAACAAAACCACAACCCUAUCUUUCACCAUACGUUAAAAGAUACUUUUCUAAAUAUACUGAGCUCGGCCAACAGUAUCUCUUUCUCUAACUUUGGAGUAUCUCUCCACCUAUAUAAAUAGCCAUCUUCACAACAUUUCCACCAUCAACAAGUCUCUCAGCUUUGUAGUCUACAUCCUUCUUACUCUAGCUCCUCCAUUGAAUAGUAUCACUCACAAAUAUAUACAAAAAUGGCAACUAAUUUAUCCAUUUUCCUCACCAUAUUUCCUCUCUUGCUCCUCUUGAACCCCACCAACGCUUGGAUCCCUGGCGUCUACUCCGGCAGCUCUUGGCAAACCGCUCACGCCACUUUCUACGGUGGGGACGACGCUUCCGGAACCAUGGGUGGCGCAUGCGGUUACGGUAACCUAUACAGUCAAGGAUACGGCACGAACACGGCCGCACUGAGUACAGCGCUUUUCAACACUGGCUUAACCUGCGGUGCUUGCUUUGAAAUCAAAUGUGUCAAUGAUCCUAAGUGGUGUCACUCAGGCAGUCCUUCGGUCUUUGUAACCGCAACCAACUUUUGUCCUCCGAACUUAGCCCAACCUAGCGACAAUGGUGGCUGGUGCAACCCGCCACGCGCUCACUUCGACCUAGCCAUGCCAGUUUUCCUCAAGAUCGCUGAGUAUCGUGCCGGCAUUGUCCCCAUCUCUUACCGGAGGGUGGCAUGUAGGAAGAGUGGAGGGAUAAGGUUCACGAUCAACGGUCACCGUUACUUCAACUUGGUGUUGAUAACGAACGUGGCUGGAGCAGGAGACAUCGUGAGGACGAGCGUGAGAGGAUCAAAGACUGGUUGGAUGGGUUUGACUAGGAACUGGGGACAGAACUGGCAGUCUAAUACUGUUCUCGUUGGUCAGUCACUUUCCUUCCGUGUCACAACCAGUGACCGUAGAACCUCUACGUCAUGGAACAUCGUACCUUCGAACUGGCAGUUUGGACAAACCUUUGUCGGAAAGAACUUCAGGGUCUAAAGUGAAUUAAAAGCUCCUCUAUCAAAUGUGAGAUUUUUCAAUUUAUCCUUUUUCUUUACUGUAACCUGAAGUGGCUCUGUUAAGUAAACAGCCCGCAGCUCUUAGUGUAUAUGUAUGUAAUGUCAAAUAAAUCAUUAUUCUAUAGCUUAUCAUUCACUUAUACAUAUAUUAACUAAAAAGCUUGUGUGUGUUUCUUUUCAAUAUGUUAAUCCUACCUUACCUGCAAAGUUUAUAUAAAUUGUAUUAAGGUUUUUUCCCAAUAAAUGAUACAUUUG